AUGGUCGGCAUUCCUUACCUGUCGGCCAAAUGCAAGAUCUCUAACGUGGCAAUCAAGACGAUGGCUCUUUCCACUUGUAUCAGACAAGACUUUGCCAUGUCUUGUGCAAUCUCCGAUAUUCGCUUGCAACGCACUGGCAUCCCUUCGGUUUUCUUACCCUCAAAAAUGAGGCAUUGCGAAGCGUGCUGUGAUGGUGGUGACUUCCUCGGUACUAUCUCCGGAGGUUCUAACCUCUCACAGAACGGCAAAAGGAGUAGUACUAGGCACUUGGCCCGUCAUUGA